AUGGCUCACUCAGAUGUACAUAAACAUUUGAUUUAUUGUACGUUGACCAUCAACUCCACCACCUUAUACACCUAUGAAAACCACCAACUCACAUCACAUUUUCCUCGUACAAAUUGUUCAGAGAUUAUCUCACAGGAGUUGGGGUUGAUAAACUCAUCAAAAACGUUAGUCGGGUCAAUUCCAGUUUCAACUACUACGCCAUCGAAAUUGUCGCUUUACUUCAUGAAAAAGUACAUGAAUAUGGAUGGUAGUAGAGAUUUGGUUACAAUUGUUUCCAUUGCUCAUAAUGAUGUCAACAAAACGUUUAUAUUGGUUGUGUUGAAGAACAUCAUGGACAAAUAUAUCGAUUUCAAAAAUCGACAACAAGAUCAGAAUGACCCAGCAUCAAAAGCUAAACCGGGGGAGUUCAAACUUUAUAUGAAACAGAUAAUAAAGCACGAGGAACUGAACUACGAUGUGAAUCACCAAAGCUACAAUUAUGGAUCAACUCAUGAAUCAAAUGAGGAGGGUGUAUCUAAUCAAAUUGGACCGAAUCAAUUGCUACUUGCAAACGAAGAAGUUGGUGAAGUGAGACAGCUCAUGUUGGAUAAUAUCAAUAAAUUAUUGAGUCGAGGUGAUAAGCUAAACUCUUUAGUGGAUCAAACCGAUAGACUCAACACAUCCUCCCUGAUGUUUCUGAAAAAAGCAAAACAGAUAAAGAGACGCAUGUGGUUCCAUAAAACAAAGUUCAUUCUAUCUGCUAUUGGUGGCACCUUGGUGUUACUUUAUCUAUUCAUUGCUAGUCAAUGUGGUUUCCCUUUAUUCGACCAGUGUAUACGAAAUUAA